UUGAACAACUUUGUUUGAUAUCCACCCACUCAUAAUGAGAAGCCCCAAUUGUUAGGAACUUACCCCACGCGCUACAGCUCUCAAACUUGUAUAUGAUCCCUCCUGCACUAGUGAGUUGAGAAUUGCCAGUCUCUCUUGUUUACCACUGCAUAUUCUUGAAUCGCAGAGCUUCGUGGUUUGUCAUUCAGACUCGACCACAGGACCAAUGGCCUUGGUUACAACUGCUGAAGUUUGUGAUGCAAACUCACAACUAAUUAUAAGCGGUGAGCUUCGUGCACUCCAGCCAAUUUUUCAAAUAUAUGGCCGUCGCCCAGUCUUCUCUGGACCGAUAGUUACCCUCAAGGUAUUCGAAGACAAUGUUUUGGUUCGUCAGUUUCUUGAGGAGAAGGGUAAUGGCAGAGUUCUUGUUGUAGAUGGGGGUGGAAGUUUGCGGUGUGCAAUAUUGGGCGGCAAUCCUGUCGUCCAAGCUCAGAAUAAUGGAUGGGCAGGAAUAGUUGUGAACGGCUGUAUCAGGGAUGUUGAUGAGAUCAAUGGCUGUGACAUUGGGGUGAGGGCUCUGGCCUCGCAUCCAAUGAAAGCAAAUAAGAAAGGUAUGGGAGAGAAGAACGUUCCAGUUACCUUUGCUGGGACAAGGAUCUGUGAUGGGGAAUGGCUUUAUGCAGACACAGAUGGUAUUCUGAUUUCCCCAACUGAGUUAUCUGUCUAAAGCAUAUUCUGUUUGAAAGACAGUGCUUGCAGGAUGAUAUUUCUGUUAGGUAAGUUCUGCUGUAUUACAAGUUUCCGUAUCGCUGCCCCUGAACUUUUGAGGAAACUGUACUGGGCUCAACCAACGUUCAUCAAAGUAUGUUGUAUGUUUGCCCAAUUCAUUUGCAAUUUCAGGUUCUAUGCAAUUGAUAACGAAAUAAACUUUAAAACUCGUCUCUAAUGAUAAGUGUAUGGUGACACACUUUGCAAUGUUGUUCUUUUACUUGUAUGUUUUCCAGCUCUAAACAUCAUUUUAACCUUUUUUUUUUCA